ACAGCACUAGUAAUUUCUCGAAUUGAAUUUUGCAUAAUAUUUGUUAAAGUUAGACUUGUGUUGUUAGAUUUGUGUAGCUUAAGGUUAAAUAUUUGCCAAACAAAAUGUCGUUUGUGGAAAAAUUAACGGGACUUAUGGCACGUCCAAAUCAACAAGACCCAGCUGGCGGUCCAGAGGCACCCUGGUAUCUCAAAUAUGGCAGCCGAGUGCUUGGCAUCGUGGCCGCCUUUUUUGCCAUACUCUUUGGUCUGUGGAAUGUGCUGUCGAUCAUUGGUUUGAGCGUGUCUUGCCUCGUCGCUGGCAUAAUACAGAUGAUAGCAGGAUUUGUGGUAAUGGCCCUGGAGGCGCCUUGCUGCUUCGUGUGCAUUGAGCAGGUGGGCUCUGUGGCGGAUAAGGUCGACUCCAAGCCAAUGUAUUUCCGAGCGGGUCUCUACUGCGCUAUGGCAGUGCCUCCAAUAUUCAUGUGCUUCGGACUGGCUAGUCUCUUUGGCAGUGGUCUGAUUUUUGCCACAGGCGCUGUCUAUGGCAUGAUGGCGUUAGGCAAGAAAGCCAGCAUUGAGGAUAUGCGUGCCGCGGCGGGCACUACGACGGGAUACGGCGGAAAUUCAUCCACAACCAAUGAUCGGGCCGGCAUUGUCAAUAAUGCGCAGCCAUUCUCCUUUACCGGCGCUGUGGGCACCGACAGCAAUGUGUGAUGUAUAUAGAACCCGUAUCAAAGCCGUACGCUUGGAUCUUUUGAUCGGCUGAGGUGUGCGAUGAGAAAAUAAGACUCGCAUCGCAACGCAACGCAUAAAAGGCAACUUAAAAAUAUUAUAACUACAGCAGCAAUUCAACUGGAGCUAUUAUACAUGUGCAAUUUACUGUUGGCGACCAAUUUCAUCCAGUCCCUUGGGCAUGAAAAGAUCUCUCUCACUAAUUUGGCGUCGAGCAAACAACAAAGUCUUACGGCCCUGCCGCUGUUAACCUCAAAAAAGGUUUUUGAAAAUAUAAAAAAUAUAAAAUAACUAAAUGAAACAAGAUAAAUACUAUUAAAUAUUAAAUAUACAUACAUAUGUUUGUGUCAAUUGUGUUUGCCGAUUUCGGUUCUAAUUGUUGCCUGUCUAUCAUUCCAAUUUGGUUAACACAAAGCAUAAAAACUAUUUAACAUGUUGCUAAUCAAUUUAAAGUGAACAUAAAUAAAUUAUUGUGCGAUGUU